AUGCUGUCCGGUUUCUGUUUCCUCUCCAGGCUCAUCAGCCCUUCGCUACUGUCCCUGCGUAGCGCACGCUGUAGCAUUGCGAUUCCACAGCUCUGGGCCGCGAGGCGCUCCUGGGGUCCCCAAUCAGUGAACCCCCGACUCCUGCUGGCCACAGUGGCCUCCUCUUGGGACCCUUCUGGGCCUUCUCUGGUACGCCAGAACUUUCACCGCGACUGCGAGGCUGCAGUAAACCGACAGAUCAACCUUGAGCUCUAUGCGUCCUAUGUGUACUUGUCCAUGGCCUAUUACUUCUCCAGGGACGACGUGGCCUUGUAUAACUUCUCCAGGUAUUUUCUUCACCAGUCUCGGGAAGAGAGAGAUCAUGCAGAGAAGCUGAUGAGGUUUCAGAACCAGCGAGGAGGCCAGAUCUACCUAAAGGACAUCAAGAAGCCAGAAAAGGACAACUGGGAAAGUGGGCUGCAUGCCCUGCAGAGUGCUCUAGUGUUGGAAAAGAAUGUGAACGACUCAUUGCUGGAAUUGCACACCCUGGCCUCAGACAAAAGUGACCCCCAUUUAUGUGACUUUCUGGAAACCCACUACCUGAAUGAGCAGGUGAAGUCUAUCAAAGAACUAGCUGACCAUGUACACAACUUGAUUAAGAUGGGGUCCCAGGAUGCUGGCCUAGCAGAGUACCUUUUUGACAAACAUACCCUUGGAAAUGAAAAACAGAACUAAACCACAGGCUGCCUUUCCCACAGCCCAGUGUACCCAAGACCUAGAGUCAGCUGUCUCCUGCUUUCUUGCCUUUAA